AUAUACGUAGAAGAAAAGAGAGAGAAGGAAAGCGAAGAAACAGCGCUCCAAGACUCUGAACGCGACAGAAUUUACUCGCCCGGAGGCGAGAGAAUAUCCUAGACGCAGAGUGAACACGCGUACAAAAAUAUAUAGUCUUAUAUCUACGCGGAGCAUAUAGGGUAAAAGUACGCCAUAUUCUCUCGAUAAUCGCAACAGACAUAGAAAGAGAGAGAGAGAAAGAGAGGGAAAACAAAAUGACAGAAAUGCAUUAGCACAUACGACAAGUUCGCGCGUAAUUCGGGGCGUGUGCCUUUCCACAGUCGUGGACCCCAAACUUUCUUGCUCUCUUCAUCAUCACCCUCCUCACAUUCCUCUCUCUUUCUCUCUCUCGGUGAUUAACCCCGAGUGUAUUUAACGUGUAAAACGUGCGAGAUCGCGCCACCAGGGCGACGAUGCGCCAAGUGACAGCGCGCGCGUGACGUCACGCGUCCCGUGACAGGCGACGUCGCUCUCUCUCUCGACAUUCGGUAGUCAGUCAGUCAGUCAGUCAGGUAGAGACCAGGAGCAGGCAGGCAGGCUCGCGGCCAUUUUUCCACUACCGCACGAUGCGGCAACCGUGCGUGGUGGCCGCGCUUCGAUCCGCCAUCGCCAUUCCAAACAAUCGGCGCGCUACGUGCACUCCUCGCGGGAUGCGUCUGACCGCGGCAGAUCGCGGAGGCACCGCCGCCGUGCUGCGACGACGACGAUAAGCGCCGCGCCGCGUCGCGCUACGUCAACCAACGCCGACCGACCGAUCAGCCAGCCGACCAACCAGACGGACGGAUGCACGCACGCAUGGUGUACGCACAAGACGCGCCGCCGCUGCCCCGUACACGUUAAAGGCAGUGCAGGAUCCGAGGCGGACAAACGAGCCGAGAGUGAAGUGAAGUGAAGUGACGUGACGUGACGUGAGGGAAGAGCGAGACGCAGCAGUGCUGGAGGUGGUGGACGACGACGAGGACGGGGCCGGAGAGUCUCGCGAGGCUACGUCGACGGCGGCGACGACGACAACGGUGGCGAGGAGGAAGAGAAGGAAGCGACGAGGCGGAGGUGGCGAAAGCGCGGAAGGUGGAGAAAGAGGGACGUGAUCGUGAAGAAAACGAUAACAAGGAGGAGAGGAUGAUAACCGCGAUCGCAACGUGGACGACGACGACGAGGAAGACGACGAGGACGACGACGGUGACGAUUGUGGACCGGAGGAAAGAAGGACGGAAGGUCGAACGUCGUGUAUGAUCGGUCGUGAGAGCUCUGCUUUACUGCGUGAAGUUGCGCGAAUACACGGAGCGGUGGAAAGAGAGAGAGGGAAGUGUCCGAAUAGAGAGAAGUUGGCUGCGCCGAGACACCGCGUCGGAACGUUAAUAAGUGUCUGGCCCCGAACGGUGGUAUAAUACGUGUGGCAUACGUUCACUCCGGCCUUCUUAGGUGCGCCUUCAUAGUGUGCGCCCCUCCUCGCGAGUGCGUGUGUGUGUGUGUGUGUGUGUGUGCGCGCGAGUGCGCGCGUGCACUCUCGCCGAUCUGUGCGACCGUCUCUCGCAAAGUGCUCCAUCUCGUCGAGUCUCUCUCGUGUGCGCGUAUCUCUCUUUCUCUCUCUCCCCCCCCCUCUCUCUCUCUUUCUCUCUUUAUCUGCCCUGCGUGCGUGCCUUCUCGCGUGCUUCCUCGCCACACGCACCCGGGACUCUUCUUCGACCAGCGCGCACGAUCGAUGUGACAUCGUGCUCUCUCCGAGUGCUCUGGGGAUAUCGCGAGGAACUUGUUCGAACGCAGGAAAGGAGUAUAUAUCGCGGAAAGGUGCCCCAGUCGCGCGUGUACAUAUAUAUAUAUACACAUAUAUAUAUGUGUGUGUGUCUGUGUACAUACAUAGAGUGCGUGCCGACAGUAAGCCGUGUCUCGUGAGUGCCGAGUGUAUCCCGAGGCGGUGCAGUGUCUCUCUCUCUCUCUCUCUGCCCCUCGUCUUCCUUUCUUCCCAUUCCACCCUCUUUCUCUCUACCCAUCGGUCGUCUACGACCGUAGAAUGCACGACGACAACGUCGUCGCUGUCGUCUGCUGCCGCUCUCGUCCGCCUCCCAUUGUCGUCAUCCUCCCGUACGUCAUUACCUUCCUCCGUCGUGCCAUCUGUCUACUACGUUGACCACGAGGCCGCGCCGCGGGUGAUCCCUAGAGGAUAUCAUCGGACGUUUGUUUCGAAAGAAGAGCGGUGUGGUGCGUGUCGAAGAUGGAGAUCGAGGCGAAGCAACGUAGCCAGAAGAACCGACGACGGGAGCGGGCGCAGCGCAUGCUGGCGCAGAGGGAGAGCCUGGCCACCGCGAAGCAACAGCAACAGCAGCAGCAACAGUCCCAGCAGUCGCGGCAACGACCGCCGAACGACGAGGAGGACAGCCACAGCGGCGAGGACGAGGACCCCGCCGGAGGCGGCGGCGGCGCCAAGACCGGUCAUCCACGGGACGGACACUCGGGACGGCCGCCCAGGCCACCGAGGCCUCCCAGGCCCCGCAAGAAGUCUUCCCUCGCGGCCGCCAACCAAAAGGAGCCACCCUUCGAGGAGGACAUUAUCGAUGGAUUCGCCAUCCUCGGUUUUCGCUCCUACGAGGAUCUCGAGAGUGCGAUAAAGUUAGCUGGUAAAAAUAAUGUCAAGAAGCUGCAUACAUUGGUGUCGAUAGUGGAAGAGAAACCAAAGGUGGAUACAGGACAGAAUAACAGGCACAACGAGCACCACAUCAAAAACAAUUUCAAGCAUUACACACAUAAUUCCAUACUGACACCCUCGACGUUAAACCAGGGCCUAGAUGCAGGUACCAGUGACGAUAGUGGCAGAGCAUCUGAACAAUUACACGGCCCUGGUAUACCUAGGGAUUGCCAGGACGCAGACAGUUCCAGGGACCAUCUCAGCGAUGCUAGCAGUCAUUGCAGUUCGGGUAAAGGUUAUAUCUGUGAUAGUGAAGGAGAAGACGAUAAGGGCUCGGAUGCCGAAUCGGUACUCUUUGAAUCUUCUACCUCACCACCUCUUGCACGUAAAUACGAAUUGCCCUCUUCUUCACCACACGUUUUGCCACCCGCAAACGGGGCAGGCGGGUCUCCACCGGAUACGGGUGGGCAGAUUUCUAAUCCAGCAACGGAUGCUCCGGCACCUAUACCGCCUCCUGUGCCUACGUCUGCACCAGUUCCAACAGCGCCGAGUCCUCCCAGUCCAACGUUGCCCCCACACAUAUCCCAGCCUCCUAUGACUAGUCCUUUGGCAGCGAAUCCACGUGCAAUAGCUCCGCAACAGCGGCCAGCUUCCCCUGCUCUGCCACCACCUUCCCUGUCCCAGCAGCCGCAUACUACGAUACCUGGAUUACAUCCACCUAAUGUGCCCCUCGUCUCGUCAAGUCAUACAACUAGUCCAGCGGUAGCCAGUUUAGGUGUUACGCCAGCAGCACCUUCGAACGGAGCGGCUACCACGAGUUAUCCACCGCCCAUUCCUAUAGCUGCGUAUCCGCAGACACAACCAUCAUAUCCACCGCUCUACACUCCGUAUACCGCGUUAAAUCAUAGCCCGUACCCCCCUGCAGUACCAUCCCCUUCUCAUUCUGCUUCAUCACGCGCGGACGUGAGAGGAAGUAGAGCUUCUCCCUGUACCAAUAUAAAUAAACAGACCAUAGGAAAUAACCUUGCGAGUCACAAUAAUACUCCACUGAGCGCUGCCACCACGACAUGUGUGUCUACAAUAACUAAUACAGUUACCACGGCAAAUUCUAUCGCCCAUAGAGACAUGGUGGCCUGUAGUCUGUCUGGACGAAACAAUAAUUCGCCACGUGGACACAGUCCUAGUCGGGAAAGAGAUAGUUACAGCAGUAACGUGAGUAGUCUAAGUCGCGGCAGCAUAACGCCUGUUAGUGUGCCAAACACCUCCUCUCCAGCCAAUUCUAGUCUACCUGCAUACACCAAGCCACAAGGUUGGAUUAACAACAACACAGCUUCUCAGCUAUCUCCGGCAACAGCUACAUCCGUUCCGAGGCCAACUCCGCCACCGGUGCCACUCGGCAUACAUACAUUUCCACCACCGAUGUUUGCACAGCCUUUACCACCACCUGUGUCUAGCUCAAGUCCACAUACUUCGCUGUCUUCGCUUCCUCCACCGACGACCAAUCCGAAUCCGUUUUCCGCGGAGUCUUUGUUUCAAACAAGUCAGGCAGAUCUUUUGAGGAGAGAACUUGAUAAUAGGUUCUUAGCGUCUCAGGAUAGAAAUGUUGGAGUUGGAGUGGGAAAUUUGGGUCCGGCAUAUCUUCGAACAGAAAUGCAUCAUCAUCAGCAUCAGCAUACGCAUGUACAUCAACACACGACGCCGUUGCUACCACCAGCUGCAGCAACGACGCUUUUUCCACCUCCGAUUUUUAAGGACAUACCAAAAUUGGGAGGAGUCGAAUCGCCAUUUUUUCGUGGAAACUUAAAUCUUUCCGGUUAUUCCGGUUUUAACGCUGGCCUUCUUCAUCCUGGAAUUGGUCCACCUUCGACACCCUUUGUGCCACCCAAUCAUUUAACUUCAUUUGCGCCAAAGAAAAGUGGAAAAUGGAAUGCAAUGCAUGUACGCAUUGCGUGGGAAAUUCAUCAUCAUCAACAAAAGCAACAGGCUGAAGCUAAAGCAGGAAGUGUCGUUAGUACAAAAACUGAUUUAUUAAGACCGCCAGGCCAUCUUUAUCCAGGGGGACCAGGCAGUGGUCUUGGACUUGGUGCACCAUCAAUGGCACCUCCAUUUCCCACUAAUAUGCCAUCUGCGCAUCCUGCACCACCCCCAUCUCAUCCUGUCGGUUUUCUAUCUACACCAGCCUCACAUUUAGGUAAUAGAGGAUUAUUAUUAUUUGCAGGAACAGGAAUAUCUCCUUUUGGAAGGUAUCCUUCGACAUUCGGUGCACCGAAUCCCAAUUUUCCGGGUCUUUCAACCUUUCCGCCGAGAGAAAUGCCGCCUCUAGGUGGACUCAGUUCGAUGCACGAUCCAUGGCGAGGAUUGCAACGUGCUACUACUGGUUUCCCACCAACCACUGUUUCGUGGGGUUUGAAGCCGGAACCGCCCGCGAUAGACAGACGCGCCGAGUUGGAGGAACGGGAGCGUGAGCGCGAACGGGAAAGAGAGCGCGAGCGGGAGCGUGAACGCGCUGAACGGGAACGCGAGCGUAUCAGACGCGAGAGAGAGAGGGAAAGGGAGAGAGAGGAGCAACGCGAGAGAGAAAGGCGGGAACGCGAGAAAGAAGAGAAGAGGAAACAGCAAGAGGCAGCUGAACGAGAGCGAGAGAGGCGAGAUAAGGAACGUCGCGAGAUGGAAAGACGCGAGAUGGAGCGCGAGAGAUUGCUUCAUCAAAAUCGGCAACACGUGGUCGUUCCUCGGGAACGUUCGCCCCUCAGGAACGGCUCGGCGCCGAUAGAUACCGGAGAAGUACGCGUGAAGGAGGAACCACGCAGCAAGGACGAUGAGAUUGUAAUGCUUCCACGACCACCGGUACCCGGUCCCGGAGCAACCGGGUCCGCGCCAGGACCAAAUCCACUGCCCGAUCCGAGAUAUCAUCCGCAUCCGCAUACUUAUCUCACGAGGCAUCCGCAUAGCAUGACUUCGCAUUCUAUGCCACGUAGUAACAUGCUUCCCAGUUUAAGCGCACAUCAGAUACAACAUUUUCCACCGCCAUCCGCGCCUGCCGGUCAACCGGGAGCUCCUUGGCCGGGCGAUCCUUUCCGGGAUCCUUAUCGAUACGAUCCUCUGCAACAGUUACGAUACAAUCCAUUAAUGGCGGCGUUCAGAGAGGAGGAGGAACGAGCGAAGCUGUACGCCGGUUAUCCUCCACCACCGGUGAAUGCUCUCAGGAGUAAAGAUCCUAGCCCAGGUCCGCUCAGUAAUUUACAUAUGCAUCAUAGAGCAGGACCCGGCCCAGGAGUACCGACGCGUCCGCUCGAAAACGCCAUCAUGCACGCAGAUAUUCAUAAGAAGGAGGAUGGAUCGCAGUCCCGAUGAUACAUCGUUUCAGCGUCCUCGGUUUCUACGAGGGAACGCACUGACGGACCGACAUUUUAAGCGGUUCCAGCCUCCACUUCAGAGCUGGUAGAUUCUGAACGUACUAGCCACGUACCAAUUCCUCCCCUCCGUGACGCUCGGAACCCGGUGCUGAUAUUUUGCUAACAGAGAAGAAGCGCGUUAUCUGAAACAAAAAAAAAGAAAGUGUAUAUAGAUAUUAUAUAUGUAAUAUUUAUAGCUAUCUCGAGAAAGAGAGAGAAAGAUGACGAGAACGCGUAAAACUAUACAAGAAAACGUAACGAAGAUGCCUUGCUAAUGAUACCGCUGUACCACCGAUAACGGCGGCUAACGAAUAAUGAAUGUUACGAAAGAAAAAAACUACGGAGGGCGCACGGCAUCGCUGAUGUCACAAAUAAUCACGCUGAUGUUUUGUGAUUUCUGCAGUUUCAGUGAUCUGACUGUCUAUAGUGGUAACAAGCCGUAAUUACGACGAUAACUAUGCGUACAGAUUAAAAAAGUAUCGUGUGUAAUAUUAAAAUAGUUAUAGAAUGCGAGACGAUGGUUACGUAAAAAAGAAAAAAAAAGCAAAUCCAAGUUAGGAAAGAGAGAGAGUUGAGCGGAUCUCUAUUAUUACUCAAAAAUUAUUUAAUUAUUUAUUUAUUGCGACACGUAUAAACGAAUUUGAAUCUCUACUGCUACUGGCGUACGAAUGCGGACAUAAGAUUUGCCCCUAAUUUAAUUGAUGUAAUAUAAAAAUGAUCAAAUGUAUAAAUUUUACUUCUUAGAUUUUAAUUUGUAUAUUAGAGAUGAUGGUGAAAAAAAAGAGGGCAUAUAAAACGGAAAGUUCUUUGGCUUUCGACAGCACGUGCUUUUUUCAUUUGCAUGCUGACUAUAACAGCACUGGGUGCUUUCCUGUGAUAUAAAAAGAAAAAUGUUUCAAGGGUAGUAAAUUAUUUUUUAAUUUCUUAUUGCGUAAAUCGUGACAACCGGAGAUUUGACAAGUGCAAAUAAAUCAAACUAUCCAGUUUAAAGUUUUACAGAUUAGAAAUAUUCUUUCGAAAAACACAGGAUGACGCUUAAUAUAAUAGCAGCUUGUGCGUGCCAAAAAGUUGCUUCAAUCAAAGAAUAUGUUCCACAAGACCGGUUUCUUUUAACAUACUAUUUAUGUUUAUACAGGACAGUUUUUUCUUUCGAACAUUUCUCAAUUCUCAGCCAUAUGCGUCGUUGUGUUACCAGAAAGCCAAUACGAGAUCUCUUAAAAGUUUUGUGCCAUGGACCAGGUCACAUUCGAAUAACCCUGGUACCUCACAAGAAAAAUAUGAAUUUCUUUGAAUAUGAUCGGAUAUUCUCAAACUCUAUUUCAUUUAUACUGUAAAAUCAUCAUACAACUGUAUAUUAUACAAUUAACAACUAUACACGCAGUUUAAAAAUUGUAGAUAUUUUUCAUCGAUGCAAAGUUACAAUGUGAUGCAAUGAUUUUGUUCAUGUAGAUAUCGCGAAGUAAGAGGAUUUUGUGUGAAUAGGUUUUUUCUAAAAUUGAUUCUUUGUAAAAGGAUCUAAUAAUCAUAGUUUCUAUCAA